AUGAUGCAAUGCUUGUUAAGAGAAAGAUUUUGGAUAAUUAGGGCUAGGAAAGCUAUUAAAAAUGUCUUAUUCAAUUGUAUUACUUGCAAACGAUUUAAGGUCAAGGCUUUGUCGAGCGAACCAACACCUCUGCCACCAGACCGAGUUACGGAUAGUGCACCUUUCGAAAUUGUUGGAAUUGAUUUGGCUGGGCCUUUGUUUUUAAAAAAUGGAGAAAAGGUGUGGAUCGCAUUGUUCACUUGCGCGGUGUACCGUGCCAUUCACCUAGAACUAGUUAAUUCCCUCUCUUCAGAUGCUUUUCUCCUGGCACUUCGUCGGUUUAUCGCCAGACGCGGUCGACCUAGAACGAUUUAUAGCGAUAAUGGUACUAAUUUUCGGGGUGCAUCUAAUGAUCUUUCAAAACUAAAUUGGACUAAAAUUUUAAAAGAGACUGACAAAAUUCUUUGGAAAUUCAUCCCUCCAACUGCCGCUUGGUGGGGCGGCUGGUGGGAGAGGCUGGUUCGUACGGUAAAGGAACUGUUAAAACGCACUUUGGGUAAAUCUGUAUUAUCCUAUGAAGAACUGUAUACUUUAACUUGUGAUUGUGAAUCCAUAAUAAAUUGUAGGCCCUUAACCUAUGUAUCAGAAGAUCCGCAGGAGUUGAUCCCUCUCACACCUGCCAUGUUUCUUAUCGAGAACCGGAGUUCCAAUGUUGAGGAUAUUGAUGAAUUAAAUUCAUUAAGUCUUAAUAAAAGAAUAAAAUAUAGAAGUAAGUUAUUAAAAGACCUACGACAGCGCUUUAGGAAGGAAUAUCUUGGACAGCUGGUGCAGAAACACAAUGAGAAACGAUCUCGUGAGCCCUGUGUAGGAGAAAUAGUCUUGAUAGGAGAUGAUAAUAAAAAACGGUUAUUUUGGCCCUUGGCUAAAAUUAUUGAGUUGAUUCCAGGACGUGAUGGGAAGAUUCGCACUGUUAAACUUAAGACCCAGAAUGGUUCAAUUUUACGUCCAAUUCAACGUAUCUUCCCACUAGAAAUUCAGGCAGAUGAAAUGAGCAUUACUGUAGAUAAGAAACAUGGUGUAGAGGAAUCGAAUUCUGGCGCUGAAUGUAAAAUCAAAGGUGGCUCAGCACCUGAUGAGACCAUAAUGCAGCGAUAUACUUCCUCUGGAAGAUGUGUAAGAUCUCCCAAAAGACUUGAUUUGUUUAAUAAUGUAUUUUAUGAGCUUGAGACUCUCUCUGAGUCUCAACGGGGGGAGGAUGUUGUGAAAUGA